AUGCUUCCCCAACACCCCGAAGGCUCACUCCACAUACCUAAGUCGAAGGACGAGAAGAAUGCUGAGAAGUACCGUUCAGAGGAAACUCAGACGAAGAUCAUGGCAUUCUUUAUGUAUGUUUUGUGCAGCUUUGGGUACAGCUUUGUCAUCAGAAAACCGACCAAAACACAAUGCAAGCGUAUGUCGCACGUGCCAAUUUCUAUUAUAUAUGACCCUUCUGGUAACAUCAUCUUCAGUGAGAAUUUGUUCAGCGAAGACAGUUGCAUGAAAGCAGUCUGCAACACCAAGUCAAAGAAUCUCCACCAAAGGAUUAAGUCGAAGUACUGUAGAGUGAUGGCCGCCAAUUUCAUGACUGAUGUACUCAAUUCUAAUCAACUCAUUUCCGUCGUCCUGGGUAAUACUAAAAAAAGCUCGACCGUCGAGAAUCAGAACGAGAAAUUCCAACUCCCUAGCUUCCCAAAAAUUGAAGCGGUUAUGGUCUCUGGCAUUUUGUAUGGUAAAAAUGAAAUUGAACAACUUGGAAAGGAGUAUUACGUAUACCUCGCACAGUCGAUGAAAUCUAUGAAGAGACUUGAGACCGUCUUUAUUCCUCCUAUUGCAUUCAAUUGA